CGUCAUGUACAUCUGAUCGGAGGUGGUGCGAAAUUCGACGCCGAUUCGCGAUAAAACGGAGCCAUGUACUUCGUAUCAUUGGGACGGUGAUCGCACGAAGACAGCCGGCUGAUAUCGAUGCGGACCAUCCUGGCUGCAGUCGAUGGUUGUUCCUAUCCUCGCGGCCGCCAGCGGCUCGCAGUGAACCAUGUUCAGCAAGAAACUCCAUGUAGACGUUAAGAAGUCAACGCUGAAAAUCCAGGAUGUCAAGAAGGACAGCGCGACGCGAUUUAAACAUCUUAAAAUCGUGCUAGAAAAUGUGGACACUGACGAGGCAAAGGGAUUUUUUGAAGGGAACUUCAGCCAUGUCUACUUCAUCUUGUAUGAUUGUUUUGUAUCUGCUGAAGCGAAUCUUCGACAACGCGAGCUUUCCUUCCAUAUUGUGCAUAAGGCACACAGGGAAGAGUUAGAACAAGUAUUGCAGCUCUUGGAAAAAGUUUUGACUCUUCUUCCUGAGCUGCUUAAUAGACGAUGGCAAUGCCACAGUCUAGCACGGAUUCUACAAAAACUUUUACAUCCUGGUAAUAGUUGGAAACUUCGCAGACAAGCCAUAAGAUACUUCGUUCUAUGGUACCAAGCUCUUGGCGAAAAUGCUCCCGAACAUAUACAUCAGAUGUUCGCCAGUUUGGUGCCGGGAUUCCCACCGCAUCAAGCAUCGCCUUACAAAUGUGAUCGUAAAACUGACGGCAAGAAGGAAAAGCUUGCGAAAGCGACUAACCAAGAGGAAAAAGAUAAGAAAGAAUUUUAUGAUACACAACUUGUGCUAAGUACUUUUCAUGACAAUGGAUCAAAUCAGUGUCCUAUCAGUCAAGUUGACGGCGGGCCUAUCUUACCACCCCAAAGUGGAGAGAAGCCACUUGACAAUGAAACUGUUAGGUUUUUGGAAGCGUUGCUUGAAUUUAUGGUUACUCAGGUGGUAAAGAUAGAAUGGCGAGAUAAAUCUACACGGCAACACAAAACUUUCCAAUUUUUAUUAGAACGUUUUAAGGCUACGUAUCUUCGUCACAUUUGUCCAGAAUUUGAUGACACCUUUUCACUUUAUAAACCUAAUCUAGAAUUGCCCACAAUACGAAAACCAAUGAAUCAAAAUCAUGAUAACUACGUGCUUUGCAAAGUGGCUCUCAUUAAAUGGAUCGCAAGCUUCACGCACGUCGCUAGAAAGGACGGUCUUUUUGCCCAUCUUUCGCAAAGCACAACACCGAACGAGGAAAAUGCCGAGUCGGAAUUGCGUCGUGUGUCGGUUACUCAAAAUUCUACGGAUUCGAAUCUGUUGUCACCUGAAUCAGCCGUGUCUCAACAGGACAAUCAGAAUCAAGAAGACAGCACCAUCUCGGCAGUGACAUUAGUCAGGGAAGUUUUAUACGGAAAUAGGGAUAACGUGAACUUCGUACACGAACUAUACAGACAGGCGUUUCUUCUGGAUUUCAAUCAUGCUGGUGCUAUACGAAAGGCUAUCGCCGUUUAUAAGGAUUGGAUUCAGAUGAACGAAAUUCCUCCGUUUAUGUUGGAACCCUUGGAUGGUCAUAAAGAUCGAGACUUGGAGGAUAAUCAAAGAAAAGAUGUUAAUGAAAUGGAGAAGAGUCCAUCCGAAAGUUACCGUCAGACGAGAUUGAGAAACGAUUCUUAUCUUGGAGCUAUACAUCGAGAGAAUUUAUUCAUCAGGGCUGGUUUGCAGAAUGUCCUACAGGUUUUCAUUACGCAAGCGUCAAAUGUAUUCUUUCUGGAGAAUUUAGGACUGAAUGCAUCCGCGACGUUACUCGAGGAGCAAACCGACAGUUGUAAAAGAGUCUUGAAUGUGUAUCGAUACGUUGUUAUGCACUCCAGACUGGAACCAGCAACUUGGGAACAGUUAUUGAGGGUGUUACUACAAAUUACAUCUCUUGUGCUAAGCGAGAAAUCCUCUCGUCGCAAGCAUCAAGAAAGUAUCGGCGGGAAACUCGCGCCUGCCAUAUUCCAGACUCUAAUUGUUACAUGGAUUAAGGCUAACUUAAACGUGGUUAUUUCUACCCAGCUAUGGGACCAGUUUCUAGAGGUGUUAACAUCAUUAACGCAAUGGGAAGAAUUAAUUCGAGAGUGGGCGAAAACACUGGACACGUUGACGAGAGUACUGGCGAGACACGUGUACAAUUUGGACUUGAAUGAUCUACCGUUGGAUAGACUCAGCGAACAAAAAUCAAAGAAGCGACGUGGCGUUGGGAGUCGCGCAGCGUCAACCGGGAGUGUUCAGCCACCCCGGACAGGUAGCGUCGAUCAGGAGAACAAUGCCGCGCCGAAGGAGAGCGUCACAGAUCACCCGCUACGAGACUUGAGAAAAGUGCGACCGCUUCCUCGCAGUGCAAGUGACAACACUAUAUAUAACAGCAAGACUCGCACGAAGUUGCAAAAAAAUCGCACGCAUACGAUACAUAGCGGCAUUCCUGUACUCCCCCUAUCGAUAGAACAAGAUAUGGCGCGGUUACUGUCAAACGGCUCGACUUCGUCGUCGUCAGCGACCGGCCGAAAGAUGUUACCUAGCAGACGUGCCAAAUCUUUGGAUAGCAUUGUUGUAGUUGAUAGCGAACCACCGUCGCCACGAUGUCCGUCACCGACACCCAGCAGUGGCGUUGACAGCAACAAAGAUAGUCCCAUACAGAUAGAGAAUAUUGAUGGUAGCAGUAUCGAUACAAACGAUGCAUCAGAGAGAAGAUCAGUUAUGGCAGGUGGAGGGGUCCGUGGAUGGUUGCCAGAUGUGGCUGUUGUUUUAUGGCGACGUAUGCUGUCAGCAUUGGGAGACGUGAAUAACAUUCAAGACCCUACCUUGCACGGUCAAGUCAUGGAUUAUCUCGUGCAACUCACACAAACAUUGAUUAAAAUACGUUUAAAUCAAGGAAUAUCCGGGGAUAAUCAAGCAACGCCCCCAGCACCAGAGCUGAUUCCACCUUUAACAGUAAUCGCUCCUUGGUGCUUCAAGGCAAUCCAACUUCCUGAGCAGUACGAAAUCGGCAAGCUAGCAGCUUAUCGUCUUAUAUGUCUUUUAACGGUACAACCACUGGACAUCAGUCUACCUAAGCAGCAUUUAACACUGUUCUACCGCGCCGUUCACAGUGGUAUCGCUAGUAAAGAUAAUAAUAUUCUGCAUGUACUUGUAAAGUACACAGGACCUAGAUUAUUCAGCCUGAAUCUCCCUGGAUCGAGUCUUCUGAUUUUGGACUACAUACACGCUGCUAACGUGAUACUCGGCAGUCAAGACGUUGAGGCACCAAGAACUGAAGCAGUUUCUAUUAUCGGCUCGUUGUUAUCUUUACCCGCUGCGAUGUUCAAGCUACCUAUGCUACAACCGAAAGGACCUGAUAUUAUAACAAUGACGUGCCCAGAGGCAAAAGAACACAUUGUAACGAUACUUUUGCGGAGUUGCCGCCGAGAACCAACCGGAAUCGCGAGAUGCGUGGCUCUAUCUAGCAUCGCGAUGUUCGUGUAUAAAGAAUUGUCUUACAAAACGCAACAUCCGAGAAUCCCGGAAGCUGUCACCGUUCUUCUUCUUGCGCUUAGACGGAUGCAAGGAGCAGAGCGUCGCAGAGCUGGUUUCCAUUUUCCUCUAAUGGAUCAGGCCUCGCACGCCACGAUAGCGCAGGUUGCUUGUGACUCUCUCUUGCUUCUCUGCGAUAAGGCUGAUGUGCUGCUAGAAUUGUAUCCCAACGUGCCAUCUAAAAUAAUCCAGGUUUUGUCAGAUACACUCGGACGAAUGACGUCGCGAGAAAGACAAGGGCCCUUGACCGUGUCGAUGCUGUUCUGCUUGGGCGAAUGGGCUAUGCACCUAGGACCGACAGUAUUACUGCGAGUGUUUCAGGGGAAACCUCUGUUGAUGACACUAUUUACAGUAUUGAACAACAUAGUGCAGAAUAAAGUUGGAAAAGAAUCUUCCCAAUCAGCUAAUAAGAAUAGUCAGGAAGAGGGUAACGACUUUGAAUUUGACAUUACAUUUGACAAUUUGGUCGACGAACCCUCCUUGAAGUCACCUCACAAAGGAAAUAUCCAGUCUGUGCAAUUGGCAGCGAAAAUGGUAAUGAUGCACUUGAUCAAUCAUCUGGGACAUUUUCCAAUGGGUAUCGGAGCCGCGCGUCUCUCGUCGUUAGUCGUCGAACUGGAUGAUGUCCCUGGUAUCGAUGGGGACGAGCUGUCCUCCGCCGUUUUUCAAGCACCUAAUAUUCAGCUAUUAAUGCUCUCAAAUUCCAUCAUAAUGUCACUGGUGGAGUUAGCGGCAUUGGACGCACCUGGCGGUGGUGUUACCGCCGGCUUAACUACAGCUCCUUCAUUGGUCAGAGUUCUGUUAAGAGAUCUUGCUGGGAAGGCCUCUUGGGACAGUUCAAUAUUAUACAGCCAACCCUUUGUCGACGAUGAUCUGCCGCUGCCAUUUGCGAAGCCUAUUGACUGGAGCGCGAAAUUACAUACGGACGAUUUGAACAGUGUUAUCACACCUCACAAUUGCACACCUAGGCACACAAUACGACAUCGUGAGCCCCAUAUAUUGCCGACCUUUGCAAACGCUGCAAGUGAUAUGGACAAUUUGGACGAUCUUCUUCAGUACAUAGGGCAUACCAGUCCAGAAGUUCUAACUAACCCAGAAGUUGCCUUGAAUGCACCCGCUAACCCACCUCAUGGACAUUAUCUGGAAAGCGAGACCAUCGCUACGAUUUUAAGCCAGAGAAAUGCAGAGCAAGAACACAUCAACAAUUGGAAUCAACACAUCAGUAUGUGCGCGUCAGCAAUCAGUCCGCCGUCGUGUCGUCCGCCCCCGGCACCAUUUCAUCACUGCCGCCUUCUGUUUUCACAUCUCGGUUUAUCCGGUUGGGAGCAACGUAGAAAAUUGCAUUUGCUGGCGAAGAACGAGAAACUCUUGCGCGAACUUCGCAACCUAGACAGUCAACGGUCCAGAGAGACCCACAAGAUAGCAGUGAUUUACGUCAGCCAAGGCCAAGAGGACAAGAACUCCAUACUAAGCAACGUCACUGCCAGUAAGGAGUACGAGAGCUUCAUCGCGAGACUCGCCUGGGAAGUGGAGCUGGAGUCGCAUACGGGUUUCCUUGGCGGCCUGGUGCCCGGGAAAGCGUCCGGCGUUACGGCACCGUAUUACGCCACGUCUUUUACCGAGAUCCUCUUCCACGUUGCCACAAGGAUGCCGUCAGAUAGUCCCGAGAGUUUAUUGCAGAAGACGCGACAUCUUGGUAACGAUGAAAUUCACAUCGUCUGGUCGGAGCACUGGCGAGAUUAUCGCAGAGACAUCAUACCCACAGAAUUCUGCGAUGUCCUAAUAGUCAUUUACCCGCUGCAAAAUAAGUUGUACCGGAUACAGAUUUCGCGGAAAUCGGAAAUUCCUUUCUUCGGACCUCUUUUCGACGAGUGCAUCGUGGAGGACAAGGUGCUGCCAGGUCUGGUGAGAACGACCGCAUUAGCCGCGAGUAGAGCGAAGAGAUCUACGCUGACGUUGUACCAACAUUACUAUGAGGAGAGGGCCCGAUCUAUCGACACUGUUAUGAGAAAUCACAAGGAAGCUACGACAUUCGAGGAGUUCACGGCCAAUGUGUAUUCACCGGUGCAACCGCCAAGCCCGUUCAGCGGAGCUUCGUCUGUCUCCGGAUCUACAAUAAGCGUACAAUCUACAGCAUCGUCAAACCUCGCAGCAGCGCUUAUAGAUUCGCAUCAAGGACGCUCCGGUCUACGCAGUACUUCGACAACGAGCAGUGACAACCGUGCGAAUAGAGGUGACUAAUUCAGUCCACUAACCCCCACCCACCUUAUAACACCACCGAACAAGUUUCUGACGGAAGCAGGGUGUGGUUUAGCAAUGACACCCCCGAGAGUACCACUCUUCACGGCAUUUCACCGAGACCUAUAAAAAAAAUGUCUUUUAAAACUGGACCGAAACAGAGAGCUAACACACAACCCACUCCUCCGGAUAGUCCGAGAUACAAAUGAAAGGUUUCCUAUUCGAGCCGAGAAAACGCUUCGCACAACUGUUUAUGAAUGGGGUCACCGUGUGUUGUACUUUAAAGGAAUUAUUUGGGCAAAAAUUAUAGAGACGAACGGCUAAUAAUGACUAGAAAACUCUCCACUGUCAAGAGCUUCACGCGUCAUGCGAAUUAAAGAUAUCAGCGUGGUGCGUAGUUGAUACUUUCAUCAACUAAUAGAUUUCGUUUACAGUGGAGAUUGAAUAUCUGAUCAUAGUCUUAGCGUUUUCUGUUUUCCGUCCUUAGAUUUAAUUUUUAUAUUAAAUGUACAGAUCGUUGUUUAUUUGUUGCAACGUGAAUAUUAAUUUAUUGCAAGGUGAAUAUAUAUGAUAAAUUUAUGAAAUCAUAGAUACACAAUUAGGUGCAUAUUUCUCAUAGACUUAUCAAUGUCGAGAGACAGCUAUUUACACUGUACAGCACUUUCUUAAAAUUGUUUUACCAUAGUAUUUAUAGUAUCAAUAGCUAAAGUAAUUAUUCUAGAUUAAAAUUUCUAUCUUAAAUAAUAUUGAGAGAAAGUAGCAUAUAUAGAAAUACUAACAUCGCAAAAACACUCUUCAGUACUGCUAUAUGGCCUUAUAACUAUCUUAUUUGUCACAGUAUAUAGACGUAGAAUAACUUUUACUAUUUUACUAUUAAUUGGCAGAAAAUAAAUGCGAGAGAAUUUACAACUAAAUGUUAUAGAGCUUGUUAAUUUGUAUGUUGAAGUCAUGUCUCCAACAUGGGACUAAGGUGAAUUCGAUAAUUGUGUUAGCUUGAUUUGAAGCGAGAAAAUAGAUAUUAUCGUAAUCUAAAUGAAGUGAUUUGUGGACACUGUCAGAAAAAAAGAAAUACUUAAGUUAUACAUUCCACACGCGUAUAUUAUCUUGUUUUUAAUUUACAUUUCAUUUGUACUAUUAAUGAGUUAUCGAACCAUUCCAUCUGAAUGUUAUAUUCGUAAUUUUCGAUAGAUACGUUUAUUUUCAUUUUUUGAUGUUUUACAAUAUAUCAACAUUAUCUCUUUCAUAUUAUUCAAAAUAAUAUGAAGAGAUCGCAAACGGAAUCGCCGAAUUUUGUUUUCAUACCAAAGUUGAAGGUGCUUAAUAUUUUAUAUAAUAUGAGCGAAUUAAAUAUUUCGAAUAUGAUGUAAAACCAGAAAUAAUCGCCAGAAAUUUCGUAAAUAUCAAGACGAUAGAAGACAAAGAGAAAAUCUGAAAGUAAAUUUAUUCAACACAUUGA